UAAUAAUUUUUUUCAAACUACCUAUAUACAAAAAAAUAAAUUGCAAGUAUCAAACUGAGUUAUUUCAAUAUUUGCACUUUAAUGCUCUCCGAUUUUUUUGCCGACCGAUUUCAGUCUCUACUUUCAUUAGCCAAACUCUCUAUUAAUAAUGUAAUUUUCAAUGUUAUUCUUGCAGUAGUAUUAUUAUUCGGAGUCGCUCGUAACGCCGACUGCUUCCACGUGGUCCCCGCUUCAUUUCCCGAGACAGAAAUGGAUCCCCUCAAAAGUGGGCAAAAAGCCUUCGGGCUGAUGAUACCACCGUUUGCAGCCGACGACGACACGAGCGUGGGAUACCAGAGCAAAGCUUUCGGCUGCUCGCUGACGCCAUGUCUGCAGCUGGAGGAAGCGGGCGCGGUGUGCGCCUGCAACUUCAACACAGGCAAUGUUGUCACGUUUAAAAAUAGUUGCGAUGUCAAAAAACACAAUUGCAGGUUUGAUACAGCAUUUAAAGUUAUUUUAGAUGAAAUUUGCCCAUGGGAAUUUGAAUCACGGCGAAGCAAUAAACAGCUGUUCGAAGUCGACUACAGUGAUCCAAAAUACUACAAUAAAUAAAAUAUGAAAUGAUCUUUUUAACUUUUAAAAAUUAUAAUAAUUGCUAAACUUUAAAGCCGAGGUUCCCAAACUUUUUUUCAAUAGCCCACUUUUUAAUUUAACUGGUUCCGGCGGACCCUCUGCUAAUUGUCUCUCCAAAACUCGACAACAUGUAAUUAUAUUCACUUAAGAAAAUUUUCGUAGCAGCCACAACGAAAUAAUAGUAGAUUGUUAUACAAGGGGCUAAAAAGACCCAUUAUAUACGAGGUAUUUUUAGGACCCGAGACGUAAGGCGAGGGCCGCCUAAAUAGAAACCGAGUUUAUAAUGGGUUUAGCCCCACGUGUUACAUUCUGCUUUUCACUACGAUUGCGAGAAAAUAAAAUAGUUUAGUACAAUAUUCAAUAAUUUAUUUUAAUAGUAAAUUAAAUGUACAAAGUCUACAAUUUUGGAUAUUAAGGGGGAUGCUUUUACCCGGUAACAUAAUUUCCGACUACUGUGAAGAUGAAUAAUGAAGUAUGUGAGGUAAAUGUGGGAGAUAAUAGUUUAAAAAACUCCUUUCGUAAGUGAAUCUAUUCUUUGUUGUUUUCUCCACUUAAUAAAUUUUUCGUAGGUAUUCGU